AAUAGAGAGCUAAAGGGUUGGGGCACUGCGUCUCUGCCAAAUCCUGCAAACCAGCGGAGCCUCUUACUUUCUCACAAGACCUUCCAUUAUCGGCACCUUCAGGAAGCUCCGUCUCUCUGUACACUCUAGUGGCCAAGCUAGCUGCGGAAGGAAUUCAGUUAGAUCUAAUCCAUCGCCAUGAACGACGACGAUCCAUGUGGAGUUAUGGACGCUCAGUACAUACGCAGGCAUCACCGUCACCAUCCCAAAGAGAAUCAGUGUACAUCGGUUGUUUUCAAGAACGUCAGAGCUCCGGUUCCUCUUGUUUGGUCACUGGUGAGGCGAUUUGAUCAGCCCCAGAAGUAUAAGCCUUUUGUUAGUCGUUGUGUAGUGAAAGGAGAUCUGGGCAUUGGAAGUGUCAGGGAAGUGAAUGUGAAAUCUGGUCUUCCUGCGACCACCAGUACUGAGAGGUUGGAGCUUCUCGACGAUGAAGAACACAUACUCGGAAUCAGAAUCGUUGGUGGAGAUCACAGGCUCAAAAACUACUCUUCCAUCAUGACUGUCCAUCCAAAGGUCAUUGAUGGAAGACCUGGCACGGUUGUAGUCGAGUCUUUUGUGGUGGAUGUGCCUAGCGGGAACACCAAAGAUGAGACGUGUUAUUUCGUUAAGGCAUUAAUCAGAUGCAAUCUUAAAUCAUUGGCGGAUGUAUCGGAGAGGAUGGCUGUGCAGGGGCAAACUGAACCAAUCGAGAAGUAGUGGGUAUGGAUGAAGCAACAACUAAACAUUGAUGAUGUGAAUAGUUUUCAUGGUGGUAGAUGUAGAGAGGCCAUUAUAGCUCCCACAUGUGCUGUGCUGUGCUGUGCCAUGUAAAGAUUGUUCAGAGCUAUCCUAUCACAUUCUCUGAAGUUUUGGGUGCAAGUCUGGUGGUUAAUUUUCCCCUCACAUGGAGAUGCAUUUGGUUGGUUUUUUGUUUCUCGUUUCUUGUUUCUUGUUUCUCGUAAGAGGACGAGUCUGGUCCGCUCUGCUCCUUCGACGCUUAGCUACCCAUAUAUAUCCAUGGAUGAAAUCUGGGAAUUUUCUUAUUUUAUGUUAAUUAACUUCAGUUUGUGCAGCAUGGUAGCAGAAACUUAGGGCCUAUGCAUUUGUUGGAGCUUAAGGCAAGUACUGCUAUGUAUGUUUUGUACAUACUUAGUCCUGAAAUAAGUAAGCUAAGUAUAUGUCUUUAAUUUAGAAUGGUUGGUACACAUGUCAGUCUUUGACUCUUGACUCUUGACCUCAGAAUUUGUUCUCUACCUUUUGUUAUGUUAUGUUAUGACUGCAGAAUUUGAUAGAACUAUAAUGCUUUACGACUCCA